AUGCCAUUGGGGCAAUAUGUGAGUGGCACAAUUAAUUGGUUGGUUUUUAUUGGUAUCAAGUGGUUUAUUGCUUCUUUUGAUUUGGGGAAUGAGUGUUAUCGAGAGGUUUUGCUACCCGAUGAUUCUAGUAAGGUAGAUAAAAAUAAAUUAAGCUUAAGUGUUUUAAGGGAUUGCUUGUGCUUGAUUUCUGGUGAAGAUGUUUGGAUUAUGAAGGAAUAUGGAAAUAAAGAGUCUUGGACUAAAUUAUUCACUAUUUCUUACAUGCGAGAUCCUCGUGCAUCAUCUUAUUCCUAUAUUAAGGCAAUCUAUGUUCUUGAGAAUGAACAAGUGCUGUUGAUGUAUACUGAGGAUGAGAGACAGGGGUAUAUUUCUUACAAUUAUAAAAAUGACACUUCAAAGUUUAUUGAGUUGGAAAACUUCCCAUCAGUCUGCGUUGAGAGUUUGAUAUCACCUUUUUUUUAA